UCUAAUCCUUUCUUUCUUCUCUCUACAGUCUGAUAGUCGUCAGACUCCGCCCUACUCCCCUCAGCCCACCGCUGUCCCUCAGAGUUCUUCCCCGCAGCCCUCCCACAUGAAGAGCAGUCCUGCUGGUCCCCAGAAGCAGCCCGGAGGCCCCCCUCUCUCAGUUCCCCCUCUCUCUCUGUUCGGCUUCCCCCCCUCCCACCCAGGUCAGUUCCACCCGGCGGCGCUCACCGCCCUGGGGCUCCUUCCCUCGCACCAGUCCCAGGGGCAGCCUCACCACCCUGCCCACCUCUCUUCCCCCUCCUGGCCCAUACACGGUCCGGUCCUCUCCACGUCCUCUCCCAGCGGCCCCUCCCCGCCCGGCCUCAAAUUCGCCCUGCGUUCGGCAUCAGGGAACGGGAGUCCCACAGGCUCAGGGGGCAACGCCGGCCCAUUGAACCUGAACGACCCCAGCAUCAUCUUCGCCCAGCCGGCGGUGAGGCCGCUGGGCAUGGGGCCGGGCCGGGAGGGGCACUGGCACAACCAUCUGGCACAGGCAGGGGCACUCAUGGGAAACGGCACUGUGGUCAAGCCAGAGUCAGGCCACCCCGGCCAGUUUGUGGGUGUGAACCCAGGCCCUCGGAUAUGGGAGCACAAUAAAACUCCGCAGUACGCCCUGUCCCCAUCCUGGCCCUACAGGAUGCCCCAGAACUUCAUCCAGCAGGCCAACGGAGGCUUCCAGCCCGGGAAACCCUUCGGCCAAGGGUCCAUGGUGCUUCCAAAUCCAAACUUCCCAAUGGUCCCCCACGUUCGACACCCAGUCAAUCUGAACUUCCUCCAACAAAAGAAGUAAUCUUGGGUUUCCUUUUUAAUUAGUUUUAUGGUCGGUAACAAAACAAAGACAAAUUAUGGACCCAUCCCAUCAUUUGAUCAGACGGAUUUUUCAAAAGAAAUAGAUUUUUUCUCAUUUUUGUACAGUUUUUAUUUCCUGUCUCAUUACAUUUGAUUUGUGAUACAAAUGUCAAAUAUUUUAAUACCCCCAUUUUUGAGGGGGUCCAAAAAAGUUUUUUAUUUUAUGUGUAAAGUAAGGAGGAAAAAUAUAAACCUUUAUUUUUAUUAGCUGUAUUCAUACUUUACUUGCAAUAUGGAGGCUUUGAAUAGACGUUUGUUUUAAAAACAAUCUUAACAUGUCACCCUAAGUAUGUAGUGCCAAAAGCAGGGAUAGGAAGAAAAAAGGGAACAAAAAAUAAAUAAAUAAAAAGCAAACAACUA